GCGUUAGGCCGCCGCCCGUUGCCUACUUGGGUGGGCGUGGCGGAGGGCCGGCCCCUUUAGGCCGCCGUCGCGGCGCUGGGGCUGCUUUGCGGAAGUGCACUGGCGGGCGGCCGGUGGAAGAUGGCGGGGGUGGAGAGCAGCUCCCGGUACCCGGAGGGAUCGGCGCUUCAGGACCCGCUGUCCCGCUUCACCUGCCCCGUUUGCUUGGAGGUGUUUGAGAGCCCGGUGCGGGCCCCCUGCGGCCACGUCUUUUGCACUCCAUGCCUGCAGGAAUGUCUGAAGCCUAUUCAACCAGUUUGUGGAGUCUGCCGCAGUACCCUGUCUCCUGGCAGUAGAGCUCUGGACCUGGAAAAGCAAAUUGAAAUGACAGAAACCACUUGUGAUGGCUGCAAUAAAAAAAUGUACCUCUCAAAGAUGCGUAGUCAUGCAGCUUCUUGUUCAAAAUACCAGAAUUAUAUAAUGGAAGGCGUUAAAGCUGUAACUAAAGAACCACCUCGUAACACCAGGAAUGUUCCAAAUCGUUUUACCUUUCCUUGUCCUUACUGCAGUGAGAAAAACUUUGAUCAGGAAGGACUAGUUGAACAUUGCAAAAAAUACCACAGCAUGGAUGCAAAACAAGUGGUUUGCCCAAUUUGUGCCUCCAUGCCAUGGGGAGAUCCAAAUUACAGGAGUGCUAACUUCAUGGAACAUCUUCAGCGGCGACAUCAGUUUUCCUAUGAUACUUUUGUGGAUUAUGAUGCUGAUGAAGAUGACAUGAUGGCACAGGUUUUACUACGUUCCUUAAGGGAUCAGUGAACUAAGUGGGAGAUAAACUGUAUGAUACCAACCUUCCAUUAGGGGAAAAUGCACAGCAUCCCUGACACCUGUCCCUUCUCACCCCAAGAUGAUCUCCGACAUCUGAAAAUAAAUAUGGAAGAUUUUUGAAGAACUGCAGUUUCUUGGCUCCAGUACCUGAUCUCUCCAUACAUUACUAUGGAUCUUGUCUAUGUUAGUGGUCUCUUUGCUGCUGCUCAUCGACUUCCGGGUAGUUCUCUUGCUUCCCUCACUCUAAAGGCUUGACUACACUUGAAACACUACAGCGGCAUGCUGCGCUGCUGUAGCGCUUCAGUGAAGAUGCUGCCAACACCAGCAGGAGGGGUUCUCCGGUCCAUGUAGGUAAUCCACCUCUCCGAGAGGCCGUAGCUAGAUCAACAGAAGAGUUCCUCCAUCAACCUAGUGUUGUCUAUACUGACUGUUUGGUCAGCUUAACUAAAUCACUGGGAGGUGUGCAUUUUUCACAUCCCUGAGCGACGGAGUUGGAUUGAGCUAAUUUUUUAGCGUAGACCAGGCCUUACACCUGGUCUGUGCUUAAAACUUGUACUGGUGUGGCUAUGUCAGUUAGAGGUGCGAAGAAACCCACACCCCUGAUGGACAUAGGUAUGUCUACAAAACUCCCAGCUAUGUCAGCAAAACUCUUAUGCUGACAUAAGAGUGCUUCUCUUGGCAUAGAGGUGGUGGUGGUGUUCCUAAACUGGCAGAAAAACUUUGUUGAUGUACACUGCAUCUCCACUAGAGGUCUGUGCUGGUAAAGGCUCUGUAGUGUAGACACACAGCUUAAGUUUAGCCAGUUGUCUCCAACGUUACUGCUGCCUGCUCUCAUUUUCCUUCCCCUGUUCCUGUAUCCUUCUGUUCUCUAUGUUCCUUUCUGAUUUCCUCAGGUCCCGUAAACACUCUAAAGCUUCAAGAAGGAAUGGCCUAAAUUGACUGUUGAAGACUAUCCAAAAAAAACAAACGAAAAACAAAAAAAAACCACUUGAAAAUAUAUACUUCCUAAUGUUGAUUGAGCAUUGGAAGCCAUUUUUGGUGAAUGGAAACUCUGGUUUUGGAUGCAACUGUCAGAAAUUUGGUUUGCCUUUUAAGAUUACCUAAUACAACUAUGGAUUACACUUUCCUUAACAGGGUUUAUAAUGCUGGUAGUCAGCCUAAAGGCUAUACUUAAUACAUUGUAAUAAGUAAUAAAAUAUUACUAAUACAUUGCCUAAAUAAUGAGUCUUUAAAUUAUACACUAACAAUUCUGUGCACCUGCAUAAGAAACUGGUUCACCAUAUUUAUUUAGUUCAGCAGCUGCAUGUUACAUACUGGCAUAAAUUUAUAAACAACUGUAUUCUGGUGACAAAUUUCUAGCCUAGAAAGUACAACUCUGUAUUAAAAAGAUAGUUCUUACUAUUUUU